AUGUCGCAAGCGAACGGGACCAAGUUUGGAAGAUCGCGUUCCGGAUGCGCGGCAUGCCGCCGGAAUCAUCGAAAAUGUGAUGAACAGCGACCAGCAUGCAUCCAUUGUCGUCAUCGAAGCAUCAAGUGCGACUACCAGAAGGUAUGGAAAUGGGCAAGCGUGGGCAAGCCAAGGUCUGCCGCCAAAUCGCGGUGCCAGAGAUCCGACGAGCCCACAAGACGUCCUUCUGCUGGAAAGCUCGAAGUCUCGACAUCAUUUCAUCUGCCACAGUCAGAAACCAACUACCGCGAUUAUUCAACCCAUCCAUCGGACACGCUUCGGCUCACUGGCGGAGAGGUCAGCUCUGAAUCUCUACUGUACAGUCCACGACCCAGGCCAUCCGACUCCGAUCUCCUGCAUUGUCCCCCCAUCGUCCCCCAGGAUCUCGACGUUCGGCCCAGUCAUCACACGCCUUCUACACGCGACGACGAUGACGGGCCCUUGGUAGAGUCGUCGGAUCCCGUCGAUGCAGAAGUGCACGUGGAAGAGGAUUUCCAUCACUUCAGUGACUCUACUUCUGAGAUAGGGAUUGGUCAACUUUCAGAUGAGGGUGUCUCAACUUCAGAUGCUAACCGUGAGGUUAAUUCAACUUCUAUUGUCACCGGUGGGUGGGAUUUCGACAGCAGCUUGGCUGAUCUCCUCGGUCAGAUAAUCCCCAGCUCUGCCGAAAUGCUAGCUUUCAUGUACUAUAUGAAAAGGGUCUGCUCGUGCACACCCGCAUAUGAUAGCAGCCUCAAUCCGUACCGGAAAAUGGCUCUCCUGGCUCUCUCCUACCCCGUCUUGUUGAACGGCAUCCUCUCGGUCUCUACAGCCCACAUGCACAACUAUGGUCGAAGCAAUGAAGCUCUACUAUCGUCAAGACAGUCACGAGCCCUGACUUCCUUACGAUCAGUUUUAGAUUCGUUACAGACACCCGUGGAACCGAACGACGAUGCCCGUCGGAAGAUGCAGAAACAUACAGAAUCCAAUGUGGGUUUCUCCGUGUUGUCCGCCCGAGAGAUCGCCUUGGCCGCCAUCAUGAUGCAAACUACAUCGGUUCUUUUGACGGGUGUCGGCAACGUUGAUGUGCAUAUGAAAUGUGCCCUGUACUUGAUCCAGGACCUAGGCUAUCUCCGUCGGCCUCCUUGCUCUGUCACUGCGAAAACAUUGAUUCAUCGGUUCGCAAUGGUGGACGUGAUACUGGCGCAUCUCCGGUUUCGCCGACCCAUGGCUCCGGGGAGCUUUUUCAUGUACCAAGAACAUGAGAAACUUGACCACGAAGAGCCGUCGUUCCGCGACAUGCACGGCUGUCAUCAGCGGGUUUUGUGUUUUCUAGCCCAAAUAUCCGUUCUGAGUGUGGAGCUUGCAGAGGACGGAAUCAGCUCGUACGCCGAGAUACAAGCCCGGGCUUACAGUCUGGAGACAGAGAUGCGAGUCUGGGGCCGUGGCUACCAUAUCACGAUGGCUUGCGCUCCGACAGCUGGGUCGACGUUGCCAACCUCACAAUCCACGCGCUCUCGACCCGAAUCGGGUGAACGUAGCGAUCUUGACGUUGUGUGUGAAUGUUUCUACUGGACCGCACACAUUCUCCUACUCAGGAGGGUCUUCUUGGAUCCGACCAGAUCGUCACGAGUCCAGCUCAUUCGAAGACACCUCUUCGGCCUCAUGGACGGCCUCGUGGCGGGCUGUGGACCAGAUUCGUCAUUGUCUUUCCCGUUCUACAUGGCCGCCAGGGAGGCCACCACGCUCGCAGAACGAGACUGGGUGCGGCGAAAACACACCGAGAUGCUGAACGUGUAUCGUGAUCGGUCACGAGAGUUCUUGAUGACGGCGACAGAAAUGAUAUGGGAAAGCGCGGCAAAAGAAGUCUAUCCGGUUGGGUUUGAUGACCCGUUCCUAUGGCAAAGGCCUCACGAGCGGCUGAUCAGGACAAUGGAUCAGAAUGCUACUUAUUUCAUGUUCUGA